UUUAAUUAUUUCCACCACCCUAUUAUUCCAAAUUAAUAUACCAUGUUUGAAGGGCAAGUUUAUUAUUUUAAUUGACCAACUACCAUAAUACUUUUAUAUAAAUAUGCUCCAUCUUCCCUCUUUUUAAGGUCUUUUUAUUUCUUCUCUUCUAUGGAGAAUAGGGAAAGGGGAAUAGGGUGGCCAUUAGGGCUAGGGAGCAUGUACAUGAGACUAAGACUUGUGGAGGGUUUGCCAGUUUCUUCAACAUCAGAUCGUGCAAGAUCAUCCUUUUGUUUUCCUUCAAGCAGUUUUUCUUCCUUCUCUUCUUCCAAUCUUGAUACUGAGUCAACAGCAUCAUUCUUCCAAGACAACAGCAAGUCCUUAGGCCGUAUAAUCGGAAUUAGACCACGCAACAGUAGAUCAGAGUUAUACUCGUCAAGGAAUACAGCCGUGGAUCGAUCCGAAACAACACAUAGAUUGUCUAACAGAAGUUGUUCAGAGCAUGGAGAUGAAUUAGAUAUAGAAAUGUGCGAUGGGAUUUGCAUCCCUCUAUGUUUAUAUGCUAAGGUGAACAAGAAUAAAGACGGUUCAAAGCGAUGAACUAACUUUUUAGUAGGAGAACACAUAAACACAUACAUUUUCUUUCGUUUUUAUAGAUGAAAUUUGAUAAACAUACUACCAUUGUUUACAUGCUUGGAUUAAGUGUACAAUGUAUAUGCAAACAAAAGAAAUACAUGAUUCUUUUCCUUCAUAUUAUACAAA